AUGGCGACGUCGCCGGCGGCGGAGCACGUCGAUGAGGAGAACGCGAGAGGGGAAGAAACCCGGCAGGGAGACUGCCUCUCCUCCACGGGAGUCGUUCGCCUUAUCCAGAAGGUCUCUUCUGCCGCCGCCGCCGGCCUUUCGAAGCGGCGCUAACUUUCUGCGGUGCCUGGUGCAGACGAUCGCCGAGGUGGUGGGGACCUUCUUCGUGAUAUUCGCCGGAUGCGGCUCGGUGGCGGUGAACAAGAUGUACGGAUCGGUGUCCUUCCCUGGGAUCUGCAUAACCUGGGGCUUGGUGGUGAUGGUGAUGGUCUAUGCCGUCGGCCACAUCUCCGGCGCCCAUUUCAACCCCGCCGUCACCAUCACCUUCGCAAUCUUCCGCCGCUUCCCUCUCAAAGAGGUAGACCUUUCUUUCCCACACUCCUCUCCUCCUCUUCAUCGUUAUCUUCUUCUUCUUCGUCCUACUUUAAACCUGCAAGCUUUUACCAUUUUUGGAUAGAUUAUGGCGGAUGAAUCUCGCGCAUCAAUUUCAAAGAAGUAGACCCUUGUUUCCCACACUCCUCUCCUCUUCCCAUUCCUCUCCUUCUUCCUCCUCCUCCAAACCUACAAGUGUUUACCAUUUUUAGAUAGAUUAUGGCGGCUGAAUCUCCCGCUUCGCUUUCAAAGAAGUAGACCUUUCUUUCCCACAUUCCUCUCCAUCUCUUCCCUCGCCUCGUCGCCGUCUUCUUCUUCCUCCUCCAAACCUGUAGGUGUCUACCAUUCUUGGAUAGAUUAUGGCGGAUCAAUAUUCCGCUUCCCUUUCAAAGAUUUCGAACUUUCUUUCCCUUACUCUUCUGCUACUCUUUGACGUUGUCGUCGUCUUCUUCUUCGUCCCCCAAACCUGGAAGUGUUUGCCAUUUUUGGAUAGAUUACGGCGAAUGAAUAUCCAUGGAUGAAUUGCAGGUGCCCAUCUACGUACUCUCCCAGAUCUGCGGAUCCAUGCUGGCGAGCUUCACCCUCUACGAGGUCCUCAGCCCGAAGCCCGCCCAUUUCUUCGGGACAACCCCCGCCGGAUCGGACAUGCAGUCCUUUGUCCUCGAAAUCAUCACCUCCUUCCUCCUCAUGUUCGUCAUCUCCGGCGUGGCCACCGACAACAGAGCCGUUAGCACUCUCUCUCUCUCUCUCUCUCUCUCUCUCUCUCGGUACACAGUUUUGCCUGAUAGUCCGUCGAAUUUGUUCAGAUCGGAGAACUGGCCGGGAUAGCGGUUGGGUCAACGAUCACGCUGAAUGUCUUCGUGGCUGGGUAAUUAUUCAACUAUUUUUAAAUUAUUUAUUAUUAUUUAAUUUGUAGAUGUGUGGCCUGCCAUAUUUAAUUAUUCGAUUAUGUAUGUAAAAGAAUCUAUUAUAAUUUAAUUAUUCUUUAGCUUUCAAUGGGUUUGACCCAUUGUAGCUCACCCUCCUAACUUGAUGACUCUGUGUGACGUGGCACUGUAGACCAAUCUCUGGGGCGUCGAUGAAUCCAGCUAGGAGCCUGGGCCCCGCCAUCGUCAUGCACAACUACAAAGGGAUUUGGGUCUACUUGGUGGGCCCCAUCAUUGGGACCUUCCUAGGAGGCUCUGUGUACAACCUCAUUAGAUUCACUGACAAGCCCUUGCGGGAGAUCACCAAGAGUGGAUCGUUCUUGAAGAGCAUGUCAAGGAAUAACAGCCUUUGA